CCUCACUUGGUUUUCAUUUUGGCCGAAAGCACGUAGACCGCCCCGCCUGCUCCACUCGGCGCCCACGAGCCCCAGGUGCAUCCAACGGUCCAGACAUACGCUUCAAUCAGCCAGGAGGUCCUCUCACUUACAUUGCUGCCACAUCUCUGCAAAUCCCAGUUAUUUUCAACGGGAUCCCUGACGUCGGCCAUCUUAGCACCAGUCACUGAGGACUCUGGGUAAAAAACAACAAGGAGAAGAAGAAGUUGAACAACCGAGCAUCGCGGCGUCGUCGUCGUCGUCGUCACCACAACAGCUGACCUGCUGCAGACGACAUUCUCCCCCAGUUCCAUCAGUUUCGACCCACCACUCCGACAAAAUGACUGAAAACGAAGUGUACAUUGUGUCUGCAGUACGCACUCCGAUAGGAUCUUUCUUGGGACAGUUUGCAAGUCUUCCUGCCCAUGAGCUGGGCAGUGUCGCAGUAAAAGAAGCAGUCGCAAGAGCAAAUAUAUCACCAAAUGAUGUAUCGGAGGUAAUUUUGGGGCAAGCUCUCACUGCGGGGCAGGGCCAGAAUCCCGCUCGGAACACCUCAAUUAAAGCUGGGAUCCCCAUUGGAGUGCCAGCUCAUGUCAUCUCUAUGCUCUGUGGAUCAGGACUGAAAGCGGUAGCAUCAGGGUAUCAAGCCAUCAGAUGUGGGGACUCAAGCAUUGUUGUAGUUGGCGGACAAGAAUCAAUGACCCGAGCCCCUCAUGUGUGUAACCUAAGAUCAGGCACUAAAAUGGGUGAUACGACAUUCAAGGACAGCAUGAUUCUUGAUGGACUGACUGAUGUGUUUAAUGAUAUCCACAUGGGAAUCACUGCUGAAAAUUUGGUCUGCAAGUAUAAUAUCUCCCGUGAAGAUCAAGAUUCAUAUGCAUGUGAGUCACAAAAUCGAGUACAAAAAGCAACUGAGGCUGGAUUUUUCAAGGCUGAAAUAACUCCAGUGACUGUAAAGGGUCCCGGCCGUAAUUCUCAGCCAGUAUCUAUAACUGAAGAUGAAUUUCCUCAAAAGAAUACUUCAGUGGAGUCAUUGAAGAAAUUGAGACCAGCAUUUAAAAAAGAUGGUACAGUGACAGCUGGAAAUGCAUCUGGAAUUAAUGAUGGUGCAGCAGCACUUGUUCUGAUGUCAAAGACAGAAGCUGUUAAACGAGGAUCACCAGUAUUAGCAAAAAUAGUUGCCUAUGCUCAAGCAGGAGUGGAACCAGAAAUAAUGGGCAUAGGACCAGUGCCAGCUGUGGAGGCUGUGCUCAAAAAGGCUGGAUGGGGUAAAGAGGAUGUAGAUCUAUGGGAACUAAAUGAAGCGUUUGCUGCACAGAGUGUUUGUGUCCUCAGAGAGUUAAAACUUGAUCCAUCAAAAGUUAAUAUUCAGGGUGGAGCUAUUUCACUGGGACACCCAAUUGGAGCAUCAGGGGCCCGUGUUCUUGUCACUUUGAUUCAUGCAUUGAAGAGAACAGGUGGAAAAAAGGGUGUGGCUGCAUUGUGUAUUGGAGGAGGUAUGGGGAUAAGCAUGGCUAUUGAAAUCGUGUAAUUAGGAGUGUUUGGAUUUUGCUCAAGAGAAAAAUUCUGCAUGUUAGUAAUUUUCUCUCUUUCUUUUUGUGCAAAUUUUUAACCGUAUCCUAUGAAUUCUGAGCUGAAAACAAGUAUUGAUUAUCACGUUUUAAGAGUAUACAUAUCGAUCUUUUAUUGUUAAAAAUAUCCGUUUUUAAUUGUUUUCAUUUUUAACAUGUUAGUUUCAUAUCAUCCAUAUUUACUUUGACUGUUAUGUGUAUUGCGCUAAAGAUAGUGCUAUACCUAGUUAAAUAAGAUAGUUUUGUAUUUUUAGAUACUUUUUUCAUCAUCUCGCUAAGUAAUAUCAAAAACUACACCAUCAAAAAUAGCUAUGGUUGAGGAUGUUUUAAGGUAGUGGCAAUAUUGAGAAGGAAAAAUAUUUGUGUUAAGUCCAAUGAAAUGUGUGCCAUAUGUAAAGGCAUGUAUGUAUUAUUAUAAACCAUAAACCUACCUACGUUUCCAGUAUUGAGAUGGUGAAUGUUACUCUGCUUGCCUUUAAGAUUUGUGAUUUGUUUACAAUCAUAAACAUUGUUAUUUUGUAGUAUUUUAUCAAGAAUUUUAUUGAAAAUGGCAAAUAGUACUGUUGUUAACUGUUUAUUUACAGUGUUUAAAACAUAAGGCUUAUUCAGUCUUCCACUUUCCCCUUCAUUGUGAUAAAUGUGAUAUUUUAAACCACUGUCUUGAACAAAAUGAUCUGUAGUACUGUAUCUGAUAACUGUAAUGAACUAACAUUGGUUUUAAAUUUUAAAGGAAAAUAUAUAACAACCAUUUAUAACUGAAUAUUUAAAAAGUCAAUAAAUAUAUUUAUACACGAACCAGAA